UCUUUUGGAAUGAGGAUGGGCGCUGCUCGCCUGUCUGUCCAUACAUCAUGUGACUGUGGUCUUCCUCCAAGGUUCAGUUUUGCUGAGCCGCCUAAGGAACUGAACGAUUCCUAUCCUCUUCGGGCAAGUCUGAAAUAUUCGUGUCGCCCAGGAUAUACUUUCAGUGAAGGAAAGUCUCCUUGGGUUACAUGUCUUGAAAAUUCAACAUGGUCAGCAGACACUGACUUUUGUGUAGGAAAACGAUGUGUAGCACUAGAAAUAGAAAAUGGCAGAGUUGAUGUCACUGAUAUCCAGUUUGGUGCAACCGCAAACUUCUCUUGUGAUCCAGGCCAUAGAUUAAUUGGACCAAAUUCUGUCAAGUGUGUGCUUCUGCUGGACGGUACAGUUGAUUGGGACAAGAGGUCUCCAAUUUGCCAAGCAAUACCUUGCGUCCCACCUCCUGAUAUUGCCAAUGGUUCAUAUGCUCCUCUGAAUGAAGAGUAUGCUUAUGGCUCAGCAGUAACUUACAGCUGUAACAAGGACUUCUCUCUCAUUGGAGAGCGUUCCAUUCAUUGUACAACGAACGAUCAAGUCAAUGGAGAGUGGAGUAGGCUGGCCCCUGAAUGCAAAGUGGUCAAGUGUCUAGAGCCAAUAAUUGAAAAUGGAGAAAAGCAAUCUGGAUUUGACUUUAAGUAUUCAUAUGGACACACUGUCAUAUUUGAAUGCCAUUUGGGCUUUACUCUGCAUGGUAACAGUUCCGUUAAAUGUGAAGCUAACAGUUCAUGGGUUCCAUCUUUGCCAACCUGCGUCCGCAUCGCACAAACUACACCUACACCUUCCUCUCCAGAAGGAACAAAAUAUACUUCUGAAUCAACUACAAAACCCACUCAAGAAACCCCUAAAAAUGCCACAGCAUCAGCUAUAAAACCCACACAAGAAACCCCUAAAAAUGCCACAGGAUCAACUACAAAACCCACACAAGAAACCACUAAACAUUCCACAGGGAUGAACACUGGUACCAUAAUCGCUAUUGGAGUCGUCGGUAUAUUGGUGGCUGUUGGAAUUGCUGCCAUUGGGACAUACAAAGCUUGCUUUGAGAAAAAGGGCCCUUAUGAUGCAAAUCAGCGCUUCAGUGAUCUCCAGGAAUGUGAAAAAAAGCCCUAACUUGAAAGGAAAGAUGUCUGUCAUCCUGGCAGUGCUGACUAUCUUCAUCUAGCAGUGAACACAAUAGCAGAAGACAAUGGAAAAAUUGAGAAACUUCAUAUAAGUGCACUACAUUUCCUAGACUCCUCUCACUGCAGGCCUUCUUCCCCUCCCCCCCUUCCCCAGUGAAUUCAAAUAGAGGUAGAGGUGUUGAGCUUGAGUGAAGCAGCAUUAAAGAAAAGAGUGUCUCCCUCACCCAGUUUUCAAAGAUAGCAGUGAAUGUGAAUGCUUAAGGGCUCAGAAGCAAUCAUGGUGGUAGCAUCAGUGAGUCUCAUGAACAUAAAAUUAGCUACCAUAUUGUUACCUCUGCAUAGUGUGGAGUUCCUUUUUAUAGAAUACUUUUAACUACCUGAACGUAUGGUGUAUUCUGGGUUGUGGUUGCUGUUGAGAGGAAAGGCCUGUUGAAAUUUCCAAAUAGAAGUUCCUAUUGUCCCUCUAAAAGUGCAGAUUUAAUGAUGCCAAAGGAACUUACUGAUCUGCUUUUAAUUGUUCAGACUUAUCAUCCUCUUUUAAAUCAAAACUUGUGUAUAAUCAGUGUUCCUUGAUUCCCAUGUCCAGGAAACUAAAAGGAAAACCCCCAAACUAGGAAUACUGCAGUAUUCUUACCCCAAGUAUUGCAUUCAAUACAGGGUAGAGCAUCACAGGGUGCAGUAUCUGGAUAUUACUUUCAGGUGUUCAGAAUUGACACUACCACAUUUUUAAGCUCCUAUUGAGAGCCAAAGCAAAUUAUAUCUAUUUCCCUAUAAGCCAUGAGCACUUUCUGAAAAGUAAACAGUAAAAUGGCUAUAUUGUGAGCAAAUUCAUCUUUGAUCCUGUGCCUAAAAAAUUCUAUUUUUAUAUUCCAGUAGCAGGAAAUAAGUUUGGUUCACAUUUUUGUGAGUUUUUUACGUUCAGGAUAUAAUUCUCUGGAAAAGGUUAAUUGUAGCCAAAUGCUGUUUGUCAUUAUCACUGGAAAUAUAAUUUAUUUGUAUUUAUGAGUUGUACAGAAUUUUACGUGGCAAUCUGCUUAUUUAUCAAAUGAAGAAAUGGGAAUUUGUGUUGUACGUAAGUCUUCUCUAAAUAAAGAAUGUAUUAAACUUCAGCAUCCUGA